AACAUGGGGAGAUCGCCGUGCUGUGAUGAGAAUGGGUUGAAGAAAGGGCCAUGGACACAAGAGGAGGAUGAGAAAUUAAUCGAUCACAUUCAAAAACACGGCCAUGGAAGCUGGAGAGCUCUUCCUAAGCAAGCCGGUUUAAACCGAUGCGGAAAGAGUUGCAGAUUGAGAUGGACCAACUACUUGAGACCUGACAUCAAGAGAGGAAAUUUCACUGAAGAGGAAGAAGAAACCAUCAUCAACCUCCAUUCCCUGCUUGGAAACAAGUGGUCGUCGAUAGCCAGUAAUCUUCCUAGGAGAACGGACAAUGAGAUCAAAAACUAUUGGAACACACAUUUGAGAAAGAGACUUCUCCAAAUGGAGAUUGAUCCAAUGACCCACAGGCCUCGAACGGACCAUUUAAAUGUCUUAGCCGCUCUCCCACAGCUUAUAGCCGCCGCAAAUUUCAACAGCCUCUUGAAUCUCAGUCAAAAUGUGCAGCUGGAUGCAACAACUCUAGCUCAAGCCCAAUUCUUACACAAUAUGAUUCAAGUCAUUAGCACCAAUAACAAUAACAAUCCCUCUUCUGCUCCAUUAGCCAUGCAGACUAAUAACAAUCUCUUUGGGCGCCAAUCUUCUUACUUAGAGAACCAAAAUCUUUUUGGUCAGUCUCAAAACUUCUCUCAAAUUUUUGAGAAUAGUCGUCAUGAUGAGGAUUUUAUAGUAAAAAACCAAACAAUUGAUCAUCCUUUGGAUUAUUUUUCUUCCCCGAUACAAAUGGAUGUUCAAGAUGAUCCUUAUUCGCUUCCAUUACUGGUUCCGGAUUCUCCCGAGGAAUCUAAACAAAGUCAGAUGAUGAUCAAGAACAAAGACAUCGUUCAGCAUCAUCGUCAUGAUACUUCAAACCCUUCAUCUUCAAACUCCUCGUUCACACAAGAUCAUCAUCAACCAUGGUGUGACACUAUUGAUGAUGAGGCUAGUGAUUCUUAUUGGAAAGAUAUCAUAGAUUCUCCGUUAUGCAGGCAAACGUGUUCAGAACCAUGGCCCUUUCCUGAAUAGACAAGAUUGAAAAAAAUAAAAUAAAGAGAGACUCAUAUCAUAAUUUUUUUUUGCUGUUGAUAGAGUUAUAUGCACGUUUCCUAGUCUUAAGUUCCCUUUUCUAGACCAUGUAUGUAAAUUGAUCUUCUAAACGUUAACUAAUUUAUUGUAUUAAAUACAAAUAUUCGAUCUUGUUUGUAAUUGAUCUACUCAUAUACAUUAUAAUUGUCAUUGCAAUUUGCAAAACACAAACGAAAGUACAGUAUCAAUAUCAAAGACAAAUAUUUUCUUCCAUUUAUGAUUUUCGUAGAAGUAAACAUAAAUAAACGUAAACGCACACCCAAGGGCGAACAAAACACAGUCAAGCUUGUAUGUAAAAAAGACGAAACGAGAUUUCGACUCUCCCAAGCCAAAUGAACAAGAUAAAUAAGACUACUUUUGGAUAGUAAUUAAAUAUACGUACUUUCUGUUUGUUUUACCAAAUAUAAUUAAAGAUUAAAGAUUUAGCUGGCGAU